UUGGGCGUCUAAAACGGAGUUCCAGCGGGAAAGCGGAGCUCUUCCACCGGAAAAUUUCCGGCCGUCGGCUUCCUCUUCGAGAGAUUAACUAAUGAUGAAAAUAAUUUCUACCAUUGCCUCGAUCGAUUCAAGUUUUUUAUUCCAGUAUUAAAUUCUCUUCUCAGAUCCUUCGCGCCGGGAUCUUUCGCGGGGAUGGCGCGGUUCUUCGUAAGCGAGCCGGAGGACCUACUGAUCGAGGGAGAGAAUGCGGAGACGCCGGCGAGGGUUUCUGCGAGGGCGUCAAUGGUGGAGAGGUUCAAGGGGUGCGGGGUGGCGGCCGGGCUGCGGGUUGACUGGGAUGAUCUGCGGCGGCGGAUCUUGAUCCCCGGACGGCUUCGUGCUGCUAUGGUGGAGGCAAUGCGGAGUAAGGAUCCGGUGGCCAGCGCUAGGGCUGCUGCGGAGGCCAUGACGGGGGUUUCGACAUUGGGGAGCGGGUGGAUUGACGUGUGCCCGGAAGCCCCCAUUGUGGUAUUUGUCAACUCGCGUAGCGGAGGGCGCUUAGGACCCAUCGUCAAGGGCCGCCUCAUCGAAUUGAUUGGCCAGGAGCAGGUUUUUGAUCUUGCAGAGAUGAAGCCUUCUGAUUUUGUUCAAUAUGGUUUAGCCUGCUUGGAGAAAUUGGCUGAUCUUGGUCACCAUUGUGCCAGAUCCACUCGUGAUAAUAUGAGGGUUAUGGUUGCUGGCGGCGAUGGUACAGUAGGAUGGGUACUGGGAAGUCUUGGUGAGUUGCAUGCGCAGUGUAGAGAGCCAAUUCCCCCUAUUGGAAUCAUUCCACUUGGUACCGGAAAUGAUCUUUCCAGAUGCUUUGGUUGGGGUGGAUCAUUUCCCUUUGCAUGGAAGUCUACGGUGAAACGCUGCCUAUUUAGGGCUGCCACCGGUUCAACAUCACAUCUUGAUAGUUGGCAUAUUGUUGUCUCUUUGAUGGAUGGUGAAGCAAUAGAUAUUCCACAUUCUCUAAGGCAAACGAGAGAGUACACUUUUCCUCAGGAAGAGGAUAAUGAGGGGGCGUGGCCUGAUAAAUUUACUUGCCUUGAAGGUGUCUUCUUUAAUUACUUCAGCAUAGGAAUGGAUGCUCAAGUUGCCUAUGGUUUUCAUCAUUUUAGAGAGGAAAAGCCACACCUUGCACAAGGUCUCAUUGCCAAUAAGUUGAUAUACACAGGAUACAGUUGCGCUCAAGGAUGGUUUUUUACACCUUGUGUAAAUGAUCCAACCUUAAGGGGGCUUAACAACAUUCUGCGACUUUCAAUAAAAAAGAUAAAUACCUCUGACUGGGAGCAUGUUCGUGUUCCAUCGAGCGUUAGGGCAAUAGUAGCUCUAAAUCUCCACAAUUAUGGAAGUGGAAGGAAUCCAUGGGGUUCUCCAAAACCUGAAUACCUUGCAAAGGUUGGACCUUCCAUCGGUUCAGGUUUUCAAAAGCUUAAGAAUUACAAUUUCAUUGUUUUAGGUCUUUGUGAUCCUUUUAGUGAGUUUAUCAGCUCACACGUCUAUGUUAUCACACUCUACUUCCAUCCUCCAAGGGCUGCAGCAAUCAGAUUAGAAAUAAGAGGUGGGCAGUGGAAUCAUGCAUACAUGCAAAUGGAUGGAGAGCCCUGGAAACAAAGAUUGAGUUCAGAAUAUUCUUCCUUUGUGGAGAUCAAAAGAGUGCCUCAUCAGUCUCUCAUGAUAAGAGGAGAUUGA